AUGCUAGAUACUCGCACCAAUCCCUUUCUCUUUUUCACCAACGUCGUCUUAGACCAGGCCUUAUAUUGGAUCUGUUUUCUCCCCGUUAUUGUUUUUCUUCUCCAUCAGUUGCACUGUCGCACUCCAACAGUCCCAAAAGGAUGUCGCAGGCUAGGUCUUCCCUUGCACCAAAGCAACCUCAAGGAUGAGUACAAGCAUAAAUACAGUCAAAAGACUCCCAAUAUUUACACAGAUGAAAACGGGCAUUACCCAUAUCGGAUAAAAGCUUUGUUCACGUAUCCUAUAAAAAGUUGCUCCGCCAUUGAGCUAGACACUGCCGACGUGGUCCCGGCCGGAUUCAUGUAUGACCGACAAUUCUGUUUCGCAGAGUACAUCACCCCCAAAUCCAGCAAAACCUUAGGUGGAAAAAGUCAACCGCAGUGGACACUGAGGACCCUCCGCGAUGGCGAGUUUAGCAGAAUGGUGCUUAUCCGGCCUGAGAUCUGGAUUCCCGACCCGACAUCCAGAGAAUACAGAUCAGAUCUGGACGAGGUCAAGUCGGAAGGUGUGAUGAUUAUUUUCUACCCUCGCAUUAUAACUGACUCGGUUUUCGCUUCCUAUUUUGCCAAGUUAGGCAUCAGACUAGGAUUGCUGUCCAGAGAGUUAUCGUUCCGGGUCCCUCUCACUCCCUCAUCAGACUCUAUAUCCAGCUAUCCUCUAACACCAGUCAAGAUCUUUUCAGCUUGCCCCAUGGCUUACGACUAUGGCCAGCAUAUUCCGCAAGCACUACGAGGAUUUCUCUGUGCUAGUAAUUCGGCCCGUGGCCCUAUAACAUUAUUUCGAGAAUGCCCAUCUUACCGUCGGGAAGUUUUCCGCUGUGCACCACGCAAAGAGAAACUUGGAUUCCAGCCUGUAACACGCUUUGCAGAUGUUUACCCCAUUAAUCUCAUGAACCUAGCCAGUGUACAUGACGUCGCUUCACGAUGUGUAGCGUCCAUCUCGCGUCUUAGCAUUCGUCGCUUCCGAGCCAAUAUCAUAAUUCAAGGACCAUCCGCGUUUGUUGAAGAUAGCUGGAAACGGAUCCGCAUUCAACCACAGCAUGGCAACGAUUGUGAUGGCAUUGAAAUCUACACCGUUUCUCGAACUAUGAGAUGCAAACUCCCCAAUGUGGAUCCGGACACGGGUAUUCGACAUCCUACUGAGCCUGACCGGACGUUAAGGUCGUACCGGAGAAUUGAUCAGGGAGACCCAACGAACGCAUGUUUAGGAAUGCAGCUUGUUCCUACUGUCAGAGGUUAG